UUAUUACUAGCACUUCAAAUAAUUUUUAUAUUUUAUAUCCAAAUUUAUUGUGAUAUUAUAGUAGUUUUAAAUUAAUUGUGUUUUCUACUCUGUUUUAAUUCAGAAUAAAAUCAAAAAACAACGAGACAGCAUAUUUUACAGCAAAAACACUUGACACUGAGCAGCCUGAAACGAGAAAUGUCCAAUGCAUCGUAGACGGGGAAAAAUAAAAUCCAAGGACCUCAAUGGCUGAACGCCUCAGUCCUCGAAGCUCUGAGUUAAAUGCCUUGGAACAAAGAGGGUACUUCAUCGGGAAAAAAAUUGGCCAAGGUUCAUACGCCACAGUUCAUCUAGCCGAAUAUUGCGAUGCUUCCAGUCCUAAGCGUAUGAACUUAGCUUGCAAAAUAUUCGACAAAGAAAAAGCUCCGAGGGACUUUUUACAAAAAUUUUUUCCUCGUGAAUUAGACAUACUGACCAAAAUUGAAAAUCCCCACAUAAUUCAAAUACAUAGUAUUCUGCAAAGGGGACCCAGAGUGUUCAUAUUCAUGCGCUAUGCGGAUAAUGGAGAUUUAUUGGAUUACAUUAAGCGACAUGGAGCGAUAGCAGAAAAUAUGACCAAGCUUUGGUUUCGACAGAUGGCAAGUGGGCUGCAAUAUCUUCAUAACAAGAAUAUUGCUCACCGUGAUCUUAAGUGUGAAAACAUACUGCUAUCGAGGCGUUUCAACGUGAAACUGGCUGAUUUCGGAUUUGCUAGAUUUUGUACUGAUGGCGAAAAAAGAGUCUUAAGUCAAACCUACUGUGGCUCGGCCGCUUACGCUGCACCCGAAGUGGUGAGUGGUACACCUUACAAUCCUAAGCUCGCAGACGUGUGGUCCCUUGGCAUUAUUUUAUUUAUAAUGCUAAAUGCGUCCAUGCCUUUCGAUGAUUCCGAUCUUCGCAAACUAUUAAAGAACCAAAUGUCCCGCAACUGGACUUUCAGAACUAGGAUACGGGAUUCAGUGUCACCGAUGGCAAAAUCUAUCGUCCGCCACAUUCUGGAGCCUGACAUAACUUUACGAUUAACUCUAGACCGUGUUUUGUCCCACGAAUGGACUCGCUCUCGGAAAGACAAGAGCUCAAGCUUAAUGGGUAGAUUGGCGCAGUCGAGUGCUACGCCCCCCGGUAAAUUUGAUGAAGCUGGACCCUCGGCUGCGACCCGAGUUUCUGGAGACCAUCGGGAUACGGGACGGGAUCGGCACGAUGACAUACGCAUGCGUUCUCAUGAUUAACUCUACCAACUUAUUAGACUAUCAUAAUGUACAGUUUUUGAAUAACACAAUCUGCGUAUUGAUUUUUAUUUUAUAUACGGCGAUAUUAUUAUUAU